AUGGCAUUGGCUUCUACGUUCUUUCAUUCAAUACAAGAACAACCAUUAGUGCGCGCAACCCCAGCGCCCUGUUCCCACCCUCGAACCAGUCAACGGCUAGUCGUUCAGUGCGGCCGGCACGCCGGCUCACUUCGACGGCCGAAGUCCACGAGGCGGAAGUCGAAAUUCGCGCGUUCCGCGGAUGGGCAGCGCGCGGGGAAGAGCGGCGGAGGGGGUGGGGGUGCGUCGGUGAGCGAGGAGGUGUUCUCCUUGGGGAAGGGGUGGCUCGUCGACCCCGCCGCGCUCAUGGGCGGAGAGGGGGGGGACGCGGAAGGGCGGGGGAGGGCGGAUGGGCGCGGGGGAGCGGACGGCGGAAGGGCGGUGGGCGGGGGGGCGGGGGGGAAUGAGGCGGGGGGGAUUGUAGGUCUGGAGCCUGGGAAGACGCGCAGCACACACAAACUGCUAAAGAUCGUAUCAGGCACCAACCGGGGGAGGCGCCUUCUGUCCCCCGCGGACCGCAACGUGCGGCCCAUGAUGGAGAUGGUGCGGGCGGCGGUGUUCGACAUGUUGCACGCGCUGCUGGCCGCGCCGCACCGCCUGCCGCCUGGCUCGCGCUGGCUGGACCUGUACAGCGGCACAGGGAGCGUGGGAUUAGAGGCGAUGAGUCGAGGGUGUGCGCAGGCGCAUUUCGUGGAAAUGGACCCCUGGGUCGUCUCAUCUGUGCUGUCCCCCAACAUUGAAGCCUGCUCCGCCUCCUCCCACACCACCAUCCACCCGCUCAAAGUCGAGUCCUUUCUGCAUCAAGCCCAGCAACGAGGAGUGGAGUGGGUGGGAGGCCCCUUCAGCUUCAUCAGUGUCACCCCUCCCUAUGAGCUCGUCGUGUACAGUCAACUCAUGGGCCAGCUUGCUGCUUCGCCUCUGCUGCACCCAGACACAUGCAUGGUGGUGGAGUAUCCAAUCAAAUCUAGGGAUGAUAUCUUGGACACAUGCGGUCCUCUAUAUAAGAUAAAGGAUCGAAAGUAUGGGCGAACCAAUGUGGCCAUUUACGGUCCUGCAUGGGCUCUAGAAGACAAUGUGCAAUAA